AUGUCAGAAAAAGAGGCUACACUUCAUAGGCAUGCUUUACCUUUCGCAAAUGCUGCGACAAUUGUGAGAGCACAUCAAAAAGAUGCAUAUUUUGAAUCGUCAUUCAGACUUCAGAUUCAGGAUGUGUUGAACGUUUUCAAGGGUCAAAGAUUUAUCAAUACACACCCAGAAGAAAUCACUGUUGCUGCUAAAUCACUUUACCUUAUGCUUACAACUUUGAUCGGUUCAAGAACUUUGGGUGAAGAAUAUGUUGACCUUAUUUACGUAAACCGUUCGGGCAACCGUCUUCCUAAGCUACUCCCAAGGAUUGGAUUCAUUUUAUCUUACGCCGUUGUUCCAUAUAUUAUCUCCAGAUUGGUGAGAAAAGUACAAGCACGAGAGUCGAAAGACGACCAAUCUUGGAUUGUCAAAUUUUGUUCAUCAUAUUCCAAAGUCCUAGAUACUGUCUUGAAUCUUCAUAUUGCUAUUUUUUAUUUCCUGGGACAGUUUUACUCUAUAUCGAGAAGAAUAUUUGGCCUACGCUAUGCCUUCGGCCAUAAUAAGAGCCCAAAGGAUAUGAGUAAAGCAGGUAAUUACUCAUUUUUAGGUGCUCUCAUUUUAAUACAGUUUGCCGUUAAAUCAAUCAUCAAGCUCAAAGCAUAUACAGACCAAAAUCAAACCAAGGCGACAGAGAAAUCUGACUUAAGUAUACCAGGAAAAUACGAAAGUAUCAGUCAAUUAGAAGAGGUAUCUAACGAAAUUUCAGAAAAUCAAAGUAUUAACAAGUUGGUUAAUAUAGACUUAUCGAACCCAGGAGAUCUUCCAUAUAUCCCUGAAAAUUCAAGAGCAUGUAUGCUUUGUCUUUCGCCAAUGAUCAACCCUUCUGCUUCCACUUGUGGGCAUUUAUUUUGCUGGGAUUGUAUAGUGGAUUGGAUAAGAGAACAUCCGGAAUGUCCCUUAUGCCGUCAGCUGUGUCUUGAGCAAAAUAUCCUACCUCUAAGAUAA